AUGGGAACCAUCAAAGGAACCACCAAAGGAACCAUCAAAGGAACCAACGAAGGAACCAUCAAAGGAACUAUCGAAGGAACCAUCAAAGGAACCAUCAAAGGAACCACCGAAGGAACCAUUGAAGGAACCAUCAAAGGAACCAUCAAAGGAACCAUCAAAGGAACCAUCAAAGGAACCAUCAAAGGAGCCACCGAAGGAACCAUCGAAGGAACCACCGAAGGAACCAUCAAAGGAACCUUCAAAGGAACCAUCAAAGGAACCACCUAA